GAUAAGGCGUGAUAAGGACCACCGCGACAAGGAGGCUACGCUUUUGCCACCCCGCUAGGUGGCGUUAUCGUGCCCCCCUAAUAACUCGACCUCGACCUGACGUCCUCGAACUUCGACUUCCUCAACGAGUGCCCUGCGCGAAGCCGAACUCGAUUACUCCCUCGAGUGAUAAGAACCGAAAUUUGAUUGUCCACGGAGGUAGGAGGUGGGAACGAACGCGCGACGUGACAUUUCUUGACGGAUCGGAAAGUUCGGAAAUUAAGUCGUUAAGUGUUUGGCGGCAGAACUUGAAGAGGCGGUAUCUGAAGUGUCGUGACAUGCACUUCACGUGUCACCAGGUUGGAAACGCUGAGUAAAACCCGAAGACGGUGUCUGAAUACGUCAAGACCUUUUCAAGGUUUAUGGGGAAACGUCCGUCGACGGAAUCGACGAGCUGCCAAGUCGAGACUUCGGCGCACUUCGUCCUGAGAUUUUUCUAUCUAGGUCGCACGCUAUGAAGAAGUGCACCGUAAAUUACCACGCGUCAACCGGCACUUCCUUUCGGGCCGGAUAAAUUUCUCGAGGACCUUCGGUCGUCGAUGCACUUCACCAUGAACGCGUCGCACCGCGCGUUAGCAUCGUAGAGCCUGAAGAACUCGCACUCGUACUCGAGCGUGCAGACACUUACGCAAUACCGUCCGCCACGGCGUAGGUGAUAAAUAAUGAGAUAACUCAAUCCCGGUGAACACCCCGAGGACAUCGGAAGUGCGAGAAGUCGAGAAUCGCUCGUGGGUACUCUUAUAAGAGAGCACCUCAAGAUCAACGAGGUCACCCGGGAGUGACAAUUGUCACGUACGGGAAUGACAAUUGAUUCGCGCCGACCUGACAGGGAUCCACCCUCUCGCCAUUCCCAGCGAGGUCACCGAAUAAUUCGGCGAUCCGUCGUCGACCUUGAACCUCAUCCCGCGAAGUGCGCGAAAUCAUUCCCAGAUCGCGAAGUGCAUUCCACGAGGUCGAGACUGGGAGGCCUGGACCUCCCCGAGGUUGAGCUGCCGAAGAAUUUGGAAAUUAAGGUCUGACGGCACCCUAGGGGAAAAGAAGUAGGGAGGAGAUCGAUGAAGUAACGCGUUCCACCCCGAAGAGAGGUCGGUCCUCGGCCUCGAGGGUGGCUGGGAGCGAGGUCGGGUUCGAAAGGCUGGGAACGCGACCUCGCGAUGAGACCUCGGGGCUCGACGUGACCCCGGGGUCGACUCGACCUCGACCUCGACCUUCCUCGGCAUCCAUGUCGGAGUCCGUUCUCGUGGGCGCGCGGGUGUAGUGGAACUCCCGGGAGAGGUGCCGGGAGGUCGACGAUGGAACAUCGGUGAGGUCACGAGGCCACCACAGAAUGCCUGAGCCCAGGGCGAAGCGCUGCAAACACUGUGACGAGUCUGGCCACAGGUUGGACAACGGCUCUCCGUUUUGGCGGAUUCAGCUCGACCAGGACCUUCUGGACACUAUCAGCGCCAUUUACCCCGAUUGGUUUAAGGACUACACGAGCACCAGGGCCUCGACGUCUUCCUCGGGUUCGUCGGGCAGCCCGGCGACCGGUGGUACCACUGGUACCACGACGGGAUCGACCGGUACCAACGGUACCACGGGUACCUCCGGUACCCUUAGGCAAGGACACAGGUCCUCCAGGACCGAGGCCAGAUCCAAGACCAAAGGUAAAAGGACCGAGGCCUUCAAGAAUAAGGAGAGUCACAAGUCCGAGAGGAAGGACAAGCGUGACUUCAAGGAGGACAGGGAGGUUCCUGGACACGGGAAGAAGACCUCGAAGACGUUGACGCAGAGGGUUGACAAGUUCAACGAGAAGCCGAAGCAGGGCUCGCCGUCGCCCCCGGGUAUGGCGGAGGGCAACCGAUCGCCGCCCAAGGCGGAAGUCGACGAGUCGCCUCUUCAGCACGCCAUGGACCGCAACAAAGAAUCGCUGAAGGUGAAGCUCAUGCUGAGAAGGCCCAUCAACCAGCUGGUGGCACAAGGCAUCAUGCCUCCCCUGAAGACGCCGCCAGCGUUCCACGAGCAGCGGAAGCAGCUGGAGCGGGCAAAAACCGGGGACUUGCUGAAGGCGAAGAUUCAGCAACGACCGGGCCGGGAGGAGCUGGUGAGGCAGCACAUCCUGGAGGACGUGGGCCACGUGGACCCGAGCCUGGCGGAGCGUCAGCGCAUGUUGAAGAAGGCGAGAUUGGCGGACCAACUGAACGACCAGCUGAGCCACCGACCGGGACCUCUGGAGCUGAUCCAGAAGAACAUCCUCCACACGGAGGAGCCGAUCGAGAGGGCGGUCAAAGAGGGUCACAUUCCCUUCAAAGCCACCUGCGAGGGCCAGGUGACGAAGCCGCAGCACCCGGAUCACUACAUCACCUUCGAGGAUGACUCCCAGAGCUCGGAAGGUGCACCCUCUCCCCCUCUGGAGUCGAGGACCGACGUCCUGGAGGCAGCCGCAGCAUCCGCGGGGAUCGUCACGGUGUCCUUGAGCAUCCCGACGACGGGAGGAGCGGUCGUGGUGACGUCGACGUCGCCGGUAUUCCGUCAGGCAGCGACGGAGCCGACGAUACAGACGUUCGCUGAGCUGUGCAGCAGCGUAGUGGGUCCCCAGCAUCAGCAGCAGCAGCAGCAUCAGCAUCAGCCGCAGCAGCAGCAGGUCCAGCAGAGUCAGCAGCACGCCGCCACGCAGGCGAACCAGAGCAACGGACCAACGGCGACGCUGCUCCCCCUGGCCCCAGCUCCGAGUCCCAUGUCGCUGGGCUCCACGACCUCGAGUCUGAGUCCCCUGUCGAACAUCAGCAUAGCUUCCCCCCCGGCGCCACCCCCAGCCGCCAUCACCCCGAGGCCCCAGCCCAGCCCCAUCUCGUCCACCUGCCAGAGGAGCGACGCGCCAGGGAAGGACAAGAACCGGAAGAAAUCGAAGACCAAGAGCCAGCCGAAGACCCGCACCAUCAAGUUCCACGAGUACAAGGGUCCGCCAAACGCGCAAAAGACAUCGAUGUCCUCGACGACUUCCGGUCUCGGUUCGGCGCCACCCGGUGAGACCAGCUACGAGUUGCUGCUGCAGCAACAGCAGCUCUUCCUCCAGUGGCAGCUCGAGUGGCAGCACAAGUACCCCCAAAUAAUCCUGCCAGCGGCGCAGAAGCCGCUGUCGCUGAACACCAGCGGGGGCAGCGAUGCCGGCAGCAUCAGCGGGAGCAGCCUAAAUGCCCCCAGCCCUGCACCCUCGAAUUCGUCGAGCAACCCUUCGGAUCAGCCACCGUUGAGGCCCCUCGGGAAACUGGAAGACAUGAAAGUGAGCGACCUAAAAGUGGAGCUGAAGAGGAGAAACCUUCCGGUGUCGGGCUCGAAGCCGCAGCUGAUCGAGCGAUUAAAGCCCUUCACGGAGUCCCCUGGAAACGGGUUGUCGACUGGGUCCCACAUGAACCACAUGGGUCACUUCAUAUCGGACCCACAGGGCCCCAUGGGAUCUGACGAGUCCAGCUCGCAAGUCAAAAGUCCAGGGUCCUUGGUCAAGGACGAGCCCACCAGUCCCAGGACGGAUUCUCCUCAAGGCAGCGAGCACGACGAUCCAUCGAGUCCACCAGGCGAUGACAUCAUCAAGGAACAGAGAAAGAGGAUCGAGGAGCUGCAGAGGGAGCUUUACAAGUCGCAGCAACAGCUCCAGCAAAUCAGGCAGACGCAGCCAGCAACGGUGCGCGCCGAGAAGCUGGUCCUGCAGCAGCAUAUACAGAACAAGAUGCAGCAACAGCAGCUCGCCCUUCACAUGCAGCAGCUGCAGCACCUGCAGCAGCAGCAGCAGAACCACCAGCAGUCGCAACAGCAGCAGCAGUCGCAGCAGGUAGCCCAACAGAACCACCAGCAGCAACAGCAGCAGAACCACCAGCAGUCGCAGCAGCAAACCCAGCAGCAACACGUAACCUUCCAGCAACUCAACGCUAAAGCUAGUCUCGCUGCUUUCUUGCAAGCUCAGCCAAACAAUACCACCGCUAUCCUGGACACGGCCACCUUGACGGUGAUCAACAACAAGAAGAACCAGUCUAAGAGCAACACGACCGUGCAGCUGCCGACAGCGAUCUUGCUGAAUCUGGCCAAGGCAACGAAACUGAACGGAUCGUUGCUGGGGGCUUUGGUGGCGCAAGCACAAGUCCAACCAACCGGCGAAGAUGGCAAGCCCCCUCCACCUCAAUACGACGAGGCUACGAAGUUGCUGAAGGUGAAAAUUGAGCCAGUUCAGAAGAGCCACAUAAAGAGCCAAGUGGUGGACGACGUCUUGGAGAUUCUGAUAAAAAACGGGGAGCUGCCCCCGAGCGCAGCCCAGGAUCCAGCAACGCCGACGACCCCCGGUCGCCAGAUCCCGCAGAACCUGGUCUUCACGGCCCCGGCCGAUAGUCCGAACCAGUCGCUGGUCUUCGCAGCAACGAGUCCCAUAAGUCCCAUGGCGAUGGAAGUGUCUCAGAGCGACUGCUCGAGUCCCCCGGCGCCUCCACCCCCGCCUCCCCCUCCUCUACCUCUGGCUACGUUCUCGGUGCAAUUGCCCACGGAGCUGCAGCAACAACAGGACCAACAACAGCACCAGCGACAACAGCAGGAAGAAGACAUUCCAUCCUUUAGCGCGGAGUUGCUGGGAUCAGAGGCCGAACUGGACGCGGCGAUGCUCUUGAGCCCCCAGUCGGUCCAACAGAGCUCUCCAGAUCCUCAGCCUCCGCAGGAAGUGACGUCGUCGGACAACGCCAACCUUGAUUUGAAGGAACUGGGACUAGACCUGGAGACGUUGGACACAAUGGACUUCGGCCAGCUGGACUGUGACCUCGGCGUGAAGAUGGAAGCUCCCCAGGACCUGAUGGACAUCGGGGACAUGUCGAUGGACAUGGACGACCCCGACUGGUUGGACUCUUUAAUGCCCCAGUCCCCGCCCGUGUCCACGACUCAUCAUCAGCCCACGCCCCCUCCUGCCCAACCCAGCAACGACCUGUACGACCCUCUGCUGGCCAACAGCCAGGACCCCUUUGAUCUCUUCAACAUGGAGGACUCCGACUUCAAGAUGUCGAACGAUCUCUCCUUGACCUGGGACAAGGUGGACUUCGCCACCUAGCCCGGGGAGUUCGGCAGCUCGGCCCUCUGUACUUUAAGCUCCUGAAGAAACUCAUCCCGAUCCAACGACUCGAGUAUGCCAGGAUCCGAAUUAUCAAGUCCAGGCGAAAAGACUCUCUUCGUGGUGCCCGAGAUGCAAAGGCCGGAAAUCCCGCCGUUCCUACAAGGUACUUAACUCCAGACUUAAUCCUGGCUCCAGGAUCUGGUCCUGAGAUGCGAGCAAAGUCAAAGACAUGGCUUCAAAGAGACCCUGCGAGAAAAAUCGAAGACAGGCCAGAAGGUCUACCUAGUGAUCAUGAGGCGGGUCCCUCCUCAUCAUCCGAAACCACGACUCGGAGUGACGACUCCCCCGAAGAGUCAUAGACCUUGCUCAGGGCCGCCAGGAUUUAAUUCUUUUCAAGCUGCCUCCCAGUUUUGGACACCUCGAUCGGUUCCAAGACAAAAGCUCCGGAGUUCUACGAGUUAUCGAAUUAAAAGGGCUCCCUUGACUCGAAGAAGCAACCCUCGGAAGAGGGAACCGAACUGAAGCGGACCCGGUCCUACCCUAGACCAUCGUCCUCCCGGAACCGCAGCUAACCCGAGGAGACACGCGCGUUAACCCCCGUACGAAAUAACACCCGCAAUUAUUAAUUAACGCUGUCUCUUGUAUUAAUUUAUUGUCUAGCUUCAGAGGGAUUACACAAAGAACGGGAAGAACGUAACGCGUGUCCCCUCGACCCGAACUGGCUAGGCUGGAAAGGGAGGUCGAUGGGUCCUAAAGACUUGCCGGAGCCUACUCUAAUCAACUGCUACGACGAACUGACCUCUACCAAAAUGGACCAGGUCCAUUCUAAGCCUCCUCGACCCAUGAUGAUGUAUGAAAUGGACCACGGAUCGAGGAGCUGACCACUUCGGCCGGCUCGCCGGCCGAACUCUCGAAAUUCUCCAAAGAGUCUCUCGCGAGAUCUUGCUCAUCUUCUUCUAUCGUAGUACUACUAUCAGCUAUCCAAACUAUGCUUGCAAUUGUGUGUCGCUUGAGUUUUCUAACCUGCCGAGGAAAAUGGAAAGGGGGACCCCGAGGUGUGCGCUCCUCGGGGCCCCAGGUCCCGAGGAACUCGAAGCGGGUGUUUCGGGGGGGUGCGAGGUCCCCCAAAUAAACCCCACCCUCUUCUCUACCGUAACUGUAACCAAUAACCGCAUAACAUAUUACGAGAAUUUAAUGUAACGACUUUAGACGUAAUGCUAAUUGUACAUGUAACCAGCGACCACUCGAAAUGCCUAUACGGACACGUUUUCCAAGCUCGACGCCUUUCGUCGGACCAUUUAUCAAUGAGUCAGUUUAAACGAUUGAUCAAACCCUAAAUAUAAUUAAUUUCUUACAUUCAGGGUUACGUUGCCUACGGCACCGAGAUUAAGAGGAAGGGCGAAAAAGGAAAUAUGGAGAACGUAGCUCCAACGUGAACUGUCUCACGAAAGGGCCGAAACCAAUUAUCGAAAACGUGUCCGUAUCAUUGUCAAGAAUAUCAAUGAUCGUCAAGAAUCGAUAGGCCGAGGGGCCCGAGAGGAAAAAAUUCGAAACUCGACUUUUGGGCCCAGGACGGGCCCCUCGGCGUUCACCAGUCUGGCGGAAACAAGGAAAAAUCCCGCCAGGGCGGUGAAUUUCAAUUUCCUCGGCGAAUUACCGACUCGUAUCAAUUGGGCCACAACGAAAAACGAUUGAUCCGGUAAAAAAAAAAAAUCGAUACUGCGGCGGAUCCGCGAGUAGAGUCUACUCGCGGCGCGACUCACUCCGCUUCUACUUUCCCCACUUUUCUCAAGAUCAUCUUGUUGCUUUGUAUGACAUUCCAUGUUUCCAAACUCUUCAGAGCAAGAGCAAGAGAGUAAGAGAGGGAGACCGCGAGAACGAGAGAGUACAGAAAGAGAAAAGAAAUGGGGGUGAAAAAAGUGAAACGACGAGCAGGGCGAGGGAGGGAGCGAGAAUGGGCGAGUGCGAGCGAGAGAGUAAGAAAGAUUACAGGGAAUGCACUGGAGCGAGAAGCGAGAAAUAUAUUUAACAGCAGAAGAAGAAAAAGAAAAAGAAAAAAAAAAAGAAGUAGCGAGUGCAAAUCGCGGACGGAGUCGCGCCGCGCGAUCGGCGAAGCUUUUUAUCUCGGUUUUUCUAUUUUAAAAUCCGAAAAUCAGCCGAUUCGUUUAGCUAAUUUCGAGUGCCGGGGACUAGAUCAAUGGGGGGAGAGAGGAAUUGCGAAAACCAGAGAGCAUGAUUAUACUUUGCGCUAAUACUUAUAUAUAUAUAUAUUUUUUUUUUUAACAAGUGGUGCUCAGUGGAUCCAAAUUCGACUUGGCGGAGAGAAAGGGAAGGCUCGCCAUCUCGGCUCGCGUUUUCAAAAAAAAAAAAAAAGACUUCGAAUUUACUAUUAAAUCGCAAACAGCGGGCGUCGUUUAAAGGUCCUUCAAUUUUUUUUCUUCCUUUUCUUUCGCCACAUUUUUACGGGCUCCAAUAUUCCGAGAACCGGUGCUAGCUUCGAGCUUGAAUUCGAUGACCGUCGGUCAUGAAAUUCCCCAAUUUUCGCGAACCUUGAGCGAAACGAAGGAAAAAGAAAAAGAAAUCUCUAAAGCAACACAUUCCAAAGAGCUUCGACUGCUCUUCGAGACUCGAGCUAAUACGUACAGUACCGGAAGUUAAAGAAAUAUUCCAGAGGUCGGUGCAUUUAGACAUGGAGGCCGGCUUCCGUGGACUUUUUGGAUCAGGCCAAAAAGUGUACCUUUAUUUCUAAACGCCUUAAUUUAUCCGAAUCCCGUUUAAAAAGGACCUGGUUUCUCGAAUCUACGAAACUCUCUGUCUCUUCGUCUUUUGGAAACGCGAGUCGAGCCGGCAAGUAUCCCGAAUUUUUUCGACAAAAAAAAAAA